CGUCACAAUGAGAUCACCAAACACCUAAUGUCAUCCAUGGCCAUCUCGGACGCACUCCUGGCUGUUCUUGUUAUGCCCUUGGGAAUAACAGAAGUCAUUAACAACGGAAAGUGGGUGCUUGGAUUCAGGACGUGCAUUGUUAAGUACUGUCUGGACUAUUUACUGAGUGGUGUGCCCUGCUUUCACGUUUUCUGUAUGGCCCUCGACCGCUAUAUCGCCGUUUGCCACCCACUGAGAUACAGACUUUUAUCCCACAAACACGCCUACGUCAUGAUAUGUCUAUCGUGGAUGAUUCCGUGUUUAUUUCUCAUGUCAUGGAUCGUAAUAGGAGUGCAUGAGUUUGAUGACUGCAUGAAGUUGACCAACGCCUGCAGUCUGUUCAACUUCAAAACCGAGUUCAUCAUUGCUUUUGUAUUUACCUACGUCGUUCCUUUCUUUGUUAUGUAUUUUCUUUAUUUACUGAUCAUUCGAAAGCUGGGAAAAAUUAAAAAACCUCUUGGACUUCGCAUGAAAUGCCGAAUCAGCAAGCAAGCAGACACUCAAUUAUGUUUUGAAAGUGUCGUGUCUCGGCAAAUUGAAUCACCAGCAAGGAACAUCUCUACUGUUCAAGUCGGUAUAAGCAUGAAGAUCCGUAAUAGGUCUACACGUGAAGACAUAUCCUGCAUUUCCUCUAUAGCUGUAUAUCCCAACAGCGUUGGGGAUGUAACAACUUCGGAUUUUACCGAUUCUACAAAGAGCGCGAUAAACAGAAACACUAAAGCAUUUCGCACUAUUGGUCUAGUUAUGAUCUGUUUCACGAUCUGCUGGCUGCCAUCAUGGAUCUGGCUGUUUGUGUUCCUCGUGAGAAGAAGCCCCACUCCGAGCUGGUUCACGGUGUGCGUUUCCUGGUUUGCCUACUUGAACUCAACUCUAAACCCUGUGCUGUACUGUUGCAACCGUUCUGUCCGAAUGGCCGUUAGAUCAGUGAUGUGUCCAUCCUCCGUCACUAAGUAG